AUGGCUGGAGGAUCUGAAUCCCCGAUAGAAAUCACGGACGAUAGCGGCGACCAAUUCGACAUUGAGUCUAAUGAUUCAGAUGAAGUAGAUGCUGAUCUAAAGCGCGACCUGCUGACAUGCCUGAAUGGUAUCAAAACUACUGGGAAUGUCGCUGCUUAUAAACAUUAUGAAUCAUUCGUCAACCCCGGGUUGAUGGUUGUCGAUACGUUGAUCCCAUUGCCCUUACUUCCACGGGAUGCCGAAACGAUUAAGAAUGCAUCUAGACAAGCCCCUUUUGGCAAAGGUGAUGAGACCGUAGUGGAUACAUCUGUGCGCAAUACCUGGGAGCUUGAUCAUACUCAGUUCAAAUUCACAAAUCCUCGUUGGAACAAAUACCUCCAAUCGUUGUUGACCGAAGUUGGACGGAGCCUAGCUAUAACAAAGAUGAGAGCAGAACCCUACAAGUUGUUGCUAUAUGAGGAGGGGGCUUUUUUCAAGCGCCACAAAGACUCCGAAAAAGUCCCUGGGAUGAUGGCAACGAUGGUUAUUUGUCUUCCGUCGAAGCAUGAGGGUGGUAGCGUCCAUCUAUCUCAUGGUGGCAAGGACUACAUUUUCGAGACCGAUAAAACAUCUGAUUUCGAUUUAACAACCCUCUCAUGGUUCUCAGAUGUUACGCAUGAGGUCAAACCGCUGAAGUCCGGAUAUCGCCUAGUACUAACCUAUAACAUCAUCCACGUGGAUGGCCCUCGUAUGUCCGCCAACCUUGUUGGAGGGCAGUCGGCUCAGCUCCGCUCGAUACUUGUCAAAUGGCCGUCGAUAUCAGGUACUACGCUUGACAUGCUGAUAUACAAGUUGGAACACAAAUACACAGAAUCGAGUUUGUCGCUAAGUACCCUUAAAGGCCGAGAUCAACGCGUGUGUCAGAGUCUGCAUGAGAUUGGCUUGUUAACUGGACACACGAUCUUGCUUGCCAAAUUGAACCGAACGGAAAGUGAGGAAGUGUAUUACACCGUGGAUGACGAAGAAGAGACGGGGCUCGAGUACAUCAAGACCUGUGAAGGUCACACUAUUUGCGAUUUCAUGCCUGUUGAGGAGAGUGAUAUACUAGGAAAAAUAUGGGUUCGAACACCGGACAGUGAAGAUGAGGGUGAUUUUACUGGAAAUGAAAGUAUGCCAGCGAUUCUUCGCUACCACGAUACGGUGGUUGUUAUAGUACCCACACAGAAGCUACAUCGUGUCAUUGCUAUGCCCAAACCCCGUGGUUUAAUGAGUUUAGCUAGUGAGACUCUAGGCGACCGACCGGACGAGCAUUCUUUCCAGUCCUCUUGUCUGAUAGAGUGCCUAGAGCGCUAUAUUAAACGAGGCGUCUUCGCCGCCACAUACUUGCCUGAGCUGAUAGCCAUGGGGAUAAAAUACAAAAGCAGGACAUUGUAUCGAGAGACUGUUUACUCGUCGUUCAACGGUUCCGAUGCGCAACAGAAUGUGCUGAAUAAAAUAGUACAACUCAUGAAAGAGAACCUUUCUACAGACAACCGUGAACAACCAGACUGGGAUUUUUGGUUCGAUGAUAUGGUCAAGGGAGCGUGUAAGCGAUCAUUGACAGCCUUCCAGGGUACCAUGAAUUUGAUUAAAUCGACGAUUCAAAAAGAGGGAUUGAAUGAUCUGAUACCAUCUUUCCAAGAUUGGGAGCUGCCAAUUCCAGAUAAGAUGGUUGAAUCCAAGACCGAAUUGGACAUGAAUGACCAUGAUUUCUUGAUCUGCCAACUGUUCACACGAUCGAAAGAUUCUGAAUGGUUGACUUGGUUCGUGUCGAUACUAUCACAGCGUGGCUCCAGGAAACUCAUAUGCUCCGUACUGCAUGCCAUCUAUAACAAGCGUGAUGCUAAUCUUCUCGCGAACCCUAAGGGCAUUUUCCAGUCUAUCCUGGAUGAAAGUGCAAAGAAAUUGGCUUUGCAAAUCCAAGAUUUUCCCGUGUCUGGUUAUGUAACCGGAAUGCUUGAGCCGCGAGGAUUUCUUAGCGAACCAGCUGCAACUAUUAGAGACGUCAUUGAAGUCAUCGACCAAUGUUUCGACCUAGGAUUAAUUGAGCAGGCGACUGACAUCCUUGAUACAAGUUGUACCAACAUAUAUCAAUACUGUCCGAAACCAAGGACCAAGUCAAUUCCGGGUCCUAUGAUAAUCCGAGACUUCUUGUUGUCCCUAGUGGCAGUGCUACAGAAACAUCAAGUCACACCUCCUGAAUCGUCCAAGAAUAUGUUUAUAAUCCUCCUGCGUAACAUCCUCGUUUUCAACCCGCCGAAGUGGCCAAAACCUCCUCGCGGCCACGCACACAAGCCUAGACCGAAAUGCUAUAAGAGUACUGAGUUACAUCCUUGCAAAGACUGCGAGGACCUCAAUGCGUUCCUCAAGAGCCCAGAUAUGGAUGUGUGCGAGUUUCGCAUGGCUCAGUACAGGCAACGACAUUUACAGGAGCAACUACCGCCGGAAUUAUUCAGCUGCCACAGUGAACAGAAGCCGGCGAAAUUGAUUGUAAGGAAGCUGGGGAAGGAGCAUAAACAGGAAAUGAAGGAGUACAAGACCAACCUUACGGCCUUCGAGGACCAUGUUCGAGCACUAAGAUGCGAGUAUGUGGAGUCGUUACUAGGGGAAGAGCUUUACGGCGAACUCGUCCUUUUGAAGGAUAUACCAGACUCGGAUGGUGCCAAACUGGUCAAACGCGGAGAGAAAAGGAAACCUGAAGAGGAGGUAGAAGGCUCGAUUGCGUCGAGGCCCAAGCUUAUAGAGUGA